AUGGCGUGUACGCCAGGAGAGGAAAAUUCACCAGGCUGGUUAUGUGGAGAGGACGAAGGGAAGACGAUGGCCCCGUUUUGGUGUCCGCUGCUUGCCUGUCACAUGUCUGUCUUUGCUACUAAGUCACCAGAGAGAAAGCUUGAAGCUGCCCUCCACAAUCCUGUUCACUGUGCAUUGUUGGGCUUCUCUGCAGCGAGCACCUCCUUACCUCAAGGCUACCUCUGGGUGGCUGGAGGAGAAGGUUCUCAGUGGCAGAUAGAGAUAUUUUCCCUCAACAGGCCCAUGCCAAGAGCUGUAAAGAGCCUGCAGGUCGGCUCUGCUGUCCGAUGUCUGGAAUAUGUGCCAGAACCUUCUCCGACUGAGGAAGUGGAGGCUGGAGUUCACAAGGCCCCCUCAGGGACUGGCGCCAACAUUUGUGUUGGGCUAGACGAUGGGCGCAUACUGGUCUACGGCAGUGUGGACACUGCAGCACAAUGCUUACUGACCCUCCGUAACCCAGAGGGCUGCCCUGUACUGUGCCUGAAGCACUCCACUCGCUUCCUGCUUGCAGGCCUACGGAAUGGGACCAUAAUGCUUUAUGGAAAAAGUAACAGCGAUGACCUCUGGGACCCUGACUCCUGCAGAUGUGUAACCCUGGGCUCAGAACCUGUGCGGACAUUGUUGGUGUUAGAUGACUCAGUGUGGGCAAGCUGCGGGAACACUGUCACAGUCGUGGACAUCUCCAGCCUCACCACUCAGAAGUUUGAAGUCCAUCCAGACCCAAUGGUCAGCGUCGCACAUAUGGCAUGUGCCGGUGGAGGGGUGUGGAUGGCAUUCUCCGAGGGUUCCUCCAUUCGACUCUUUCAUACUGAAACACUGGAGCUUCUGCAGGAAAUCAACAUCUCAACACGCUCAACGCUGCUGAACACUGGUCAAAUGAGCAUGCGAGUCACAAGUCUCCUAAUUUGCCAUGGGCUGUUAUGGGUGGGCACUGCCCAAGGCUUAAUUAUCACUCUUCCAGUUCCCAAACUCGAGGGCAUCCCCAAAAUAACAGGAAAGGGAAUGAUCUCUCUAAAUGCCCAUUGUGGGCCCGUGGACUUCCUGGUAGCCACCACCAGCACUCUGUCUCCUGAACUGCUGAAGAGGGAUUCUGUCGGGGAUGGCCCAGACUCUGCCUGUGGAGGCGAGGACCGCAGCGACACCUCCUCUCAGGAAUCCCUGCAACAGCCCGGCUCCUACCAGGGGGAGGGAAGAGGCAAAGGACGCGGUGUUCUGCUGCAGUACAGGCUGCGCUCUACAUCAGGACUGCCUGGGCAGCCAUUAACGGCGCUGGUUGACGAGGCAUCGGACUCCUCCCUGGAGUCUUUGGAGCAUAGCGUGGAAGAUGGAUCUAUCUAUGAGCUCAGUGAUGACCCAGAAAUGUGGGUUCGGGGACGUCCUUGUGAGAGAGACGGGGGACGCAGGGACAGGGUGAUCUCUGCAGCGGUUAUCUCUGGAGGCAAGGGCUUCCGUAGACUGAAGGAAGGAGCAGCAGCAGGCCCUAGGACAAGUGGGGAGGGUUUAGAGAAUAUUAUUAUGGUAUGGCAGCUCCCACUGACAGUGUGAUAUGGAAAAUAUGUGACAAGGUUAUGUGUAUUUAUAGAUGUCUACUCAGUUUAGCCUUGAAUCACCUUUUCCAUAAAUUGUGGGAUUUGAAUAUAUGAUGAGAAGGUGUUGCCACUGUUACAGAGCCUGACAUCUUAUAAUUUAGCCUCUGGAAUAAAGAACCGAAGACAUGCUGUUUACUAGAGGUACUGUCAGCCGAUAGCACAAUUUCAUUGUUCAGGGUUGUGCGCCAUCAUCUUCCCAGUAGUGGCAUAGGUCGCCACGAUUAGUUCCAUGUGAUUUGAUCUUGUUCCUUUUUCUGCCUUAGCUGAGACUGAUAUGCCUCAAUUUAACCUCAUCAUUGCUGCAUAUGCUCUGCCACAUUUAUUUUAUGCGAAGGUCUUCUGUUUGAGCAGCCAUGGACAGCAAGCCUUUGAGAGGCAGCCUUUGUUGAAUGUUACACAUCUUUUAUCUGAUCAUAUGGGAGCGAUCCCAUCUGUUUAGAGCAGAAAGCUGGGGACUUCCACCGCAUCACAAAGCACAUUAGAAUCACUUUAUUAGCUUUGGCAGCCUUUCUUUCAUCCCAUACAAUGUGAAUGUACGAUACCUUCUUUUGUGUCUCAAAAUUGAAUCUGUGCUCUCUUCAAAAAAAAGAAUGACAUUUUUCCUGUUUUGUUGCAAAAAAUUAUUUGCUUCCAAGAGCUCACCAUCCCUCUGUUAGUGACUGGCUGCAAAACUGAGUUGCAAAACAAAAGUUAUAAGAAGAUGCUAUUGCUCUGCAUUUAAGAAUCUAUAUUUGCACUGCCAAAAUUCUGUAAUUAUUGCAAAUUUAUUUGAGGAAAAGUAUUAUCUUGCCCAAGCAUUGUAAAUGUCAGAUAUCUCUUUCAUUAUUCACUGUAAUCUAUCAGCUAGAUAAAACAAAUUUGUACACAUGGUUGUUAAUACAGUAAUACACAUCUCACAUCAACUGGAAAUCCCAGUUACACAUCAAAAGCAAAACUCUUUAAACUAAUGAUUAAAUAAAGCCCUGCAGCCAUGCAAACUGCUAUUGGCUGUGUAUAAACAGAGGGAAGAUACCUACGAGAGGAACCAAUUAGCAUGUUUACAUGCACAUUAAUUUUCAAUAAUAUACAUAUUUCUGAUUAAAGAUGGUGUUUUACAAUAUAGCAUAAGUCUGUAUUACAGUUAACAGGCACUGAUGUAUACCAUCUGUGUCGUUAGCCAGGACACUAAGUCAUGUAAACCUUGUUCCAUCAACACUUAUUUUCCUUCUGUUUUCAUGGUAAUAUUUGGAAAAUAUUUGGAGUUAAUGCACAUUAAUAUUUUAUGAUCAGGAUAUGAAGAUGCACAUAAACAACUUUUCAUCCCUGGCGGGUGGAAACUUCACAUCUCCGUUUUUGAUAGUUAUCAUGUCCUCAGAUUAAUUGAAACAUUACAUGUUCUGUCUUUAACCUGAUAGGCAAACCCUUUUAACCACAUUGAAUGAUAUAAAAGUGCAUUGUCAUUACGCUAUGUACAAGCUGUUCUCUUUUUUUAACUUGUAAAUACACCAUUUUUCAUUUAAAGUCACCUAGCAGCAUUGGCAAGUUUGUAAACAUGGACUGUUGACAUUGGCAUUGCAGACAAAACCAAGAACUACUGUGCAGGUUUACUGUGCACAUUUUUCACAGUGUGUGGACACAGUGGGUGGAGGCCAUGCAAGUAAUCCAGCUAUGAACAUAGCUUGGUUGAGUUUCAAUAAACCGAGCGAUGGUGAAGGUUAUGGUAUAUCACUAUCCUCCACCUCUAUCUCUACUUAGCCCUUCCACCACACAUGGAUUCUCAUCUUAUCACAGAAGAGGCAUAAAGUGCAUCUUUUGUAUUUUCCCUUUUUUUUCCUCCACUGAAAUUCAGGCGUGUUUAAACAUCCUGCUGUCUGAAUCAUUCAAAAAAAUAAGAAAAUGUAAACUGGCCUUUGGAUGCUGUCAUCUAAAUGUAAAUCUCAAUGUCUUGUCAGAAAUGUAUACUUUUUUUCAUUUGAGAUGCUGCUGGAGCCACAACACCCUAAUAGUCACUAUUGAGGAUGUUCGUCCAACCUUUACCAGAGGAUGAGUGUGUAUUCCGCUUGAGUAGCCUGAUUAAAUAUGUGGCAUUGUUGAACUGUUUCACAGGCUUAUCCGCUAACAACGGAUAUUUAAUCUCAAAUAGUGACCUUUAAUGAACAUUGACUCAUACAUUUAUUUUGCUUACACUACAUGUGUACAGGUAUUAUCCAUGCACUGAAUAUUAAUACUCACUGUACUACUAACUAGAAAUGUUACUGUUCUUGUUAAACCUAUAUUUCCUCUGGACUCUGCAACAGUGUUGAUGUUUUAGAUGAGACUGUAUAAGGCACAGUUUGUGUUUUAUUUCCUGUGGUGUUAAAGGAUAAGUCCCAUUUAUUAUAGAUUUGGUCUUAUUUUUGGCCUUUCUUUCUGUCAGUUUUGAAAAUGCUGAGAUCUGGGAAUAAUGGUAAUAUCACUAAAAAUGAGUCUGUCCAGAUAGGAAACACAAUCAGUCAACCGAUUAUGCAUGUUUUAAACAAACACCCUGAUUUGGAAGAAAAAAGAAGAAAUCAUUCACUUCUAAAUGAACAUCGUCACAGUCUACAGACCAACUUCCAGGCUCAACUUUGACCUAUCAUACUUGCUGUAAUCUUGUGCACAUAGUUUUCCUGUGUAAUGAAGCAUUAUUACUGACAUACUGGGUGCAUUCACCUUUAGUUCUACCACGUACAACUGUUCACUCUGUGAUCAUCUGAUACUCAGCUUGUUUCUUGAUCUGUCAGACUUUGUUGUAGCGAUGCUGCUAUGUUCCCGUAUCUCAGCGAUUACUUUGGUGAUUACAAAAUUACAAUAACUGACUGAAAUGAUGGUCAAACCUACAAAAGUAAGGUUACACAAGGAAAGUAAUAAACCGGAAUUAUCCUUUAAGAAAAAGUAUUACACAAAAUGCCGCCACAGGCACAUGGAAACACUGCUCAUUUCCCUUUACUGUUCCCAAUAAUGUUACAUGUCUAAACAGUGUCUAACAAGCUUAUGUUGAAUUAAAAACAUUUAAAGAUGA